AUGUAUAGAUACACUAUACAUAUUGAUUCUGAAAUGGCUGCCAGUAAGCGUCCCAGGUAUGACCCAAGUGUUGCAGAAGCCACUGCUAAAGCGAAGGUGUCCCAGGCAAAACAAAUGGAGAGUCUUACCACUGAGAUUGUUCCAGCUAUUGUCACUGCUGCCAAACAGUUACUCGGUAAAGGAAGUAAAGUGUCCACCGAAACGUUUCGGUUGGCACCUAAAGUUGCACAGAUACUUCUUGUUGCUGACAUCGGACUCCAGAAGUGCAUGCAACUGAUGUAUGUUACGAAGAAGGUGCCUGUGAAUGUGCCUAACAGGACUAAGGUUGUGUGUUCACUGAUGGAUCCUAACUACUGCAUCCAUGAAGACAGAUGCAGAGUGUACAUAGACAUCAUUGAAACUUGUGUGGAUGCACCUGUGUUUGACAACACACAUACUAGUGACAGCACUCUGAACCACAUUCCCAGGUUUCUCACUCCUCCCGUUAAUAGCUGCAUUAAUGACAGCUGUCGUAUAAGUGGGCAUGCAGACUCACUCAUAAGUCAUCACGACUCAACAGUUGUCACCGUAUAUUCUCUAUCUGGUCCUGAAAUUGGUGUCAAGCAUGCACUAAAAUGUCGAAAUUGCAACUACAUAUAUCACUAUUCAGCGUAUGGUCGGAAAACAAGUAUCGGUGAAAAGUUGUACAAUCAACCUAGAGAUUUGGUUGAGGUUUCGGAUGUGAUCUAUUGCGAGAGGGAAUUGUACGAACUUUUCUGCAGCUUGAGCUUACAUUGCUGGGUAUCUUUUUCGGGAUUCAGCGAAUCAUACACAGAAUUCUCAAUGAAAUCGUGUAAGCAACAAAUGUAUAUGCAAGCUUGGAUGAAAAACAGAAAAGGUUCACCUCAUGAAUUGACACGCAAAGCAGUGUCACAAAUGUUCUACAAUGGAGAGCUUGAGGAUGAAGCAAGAAAUGGGCACCUCCGUCCUGAUGAAAUGAUAGUCCACUUGAACAGUGACAAGCUGGAAUACAUGCAAUACAUUGUCGAAAAGCAAUGCAGCAGUAUGUACCAGCAUGUCCCUAGAAAAGGGUGCAUUGAACGAGGUUGUGGCAAGUGUUGGUCCAUUGAUGGCAACUGGAAACUUUGUUUCCCUCACUGCAUGUUUCCUGUCUUGUGUAAAGUUCCUAGUAUGCCACUGCUGAACUUUCCAAGUGUAUGCGUUAAGCAGCCCAGAGCAAACAGUGCUUUCUGCAUUGAACAUCACUCGAAAGCGGAAUCGCUCAGCUAUCCAACAGAUGUGAGAGGCUUCCUUGGUUACUGUGGAGCGAAGAAAUCAGCUGACUGUGCAGUGAUUCUUCCCAAUGAAAAUCCGGUACUCACUGAUGUCAUGGAUUCAGUGUCUGUUCAGCAAGAAAAUGAGCACAUACAGGAAACCAUGGAAGUCAUCUCUGCCGCUUGCACAGAGGAAUCUGACAGUCUAUUGAAAUCUCAAGGAGUACAAGACUUUGCUCGAGAGUUCCCUUCUGUUGCUGUAAGCAUCUCUAGUUGUGAAGAAGACAAGAGUGUGAUUCAGUGCAGAAAAGAUCUAGGGGAGCGAAAAAAGAUUCAGCUGUGGAGUAGAGGACAUGUAUUUCUUGUGCGCCCCUGCGGACAUAUUGAGUUUUGGAGAACAAUCUAUCGGUCUGAAUCACCCUCUCAAGUAUUCUUGAUUGUGAUUGUCUGGCUCUAUCAGACUCUGAAGGACGUACCUCCAGACAAAUGGGGAGAGAUUAUACUUGCUUAUGACAAUAUGUGCCAGCUUGAUAGUCUCCGUGCAGCAAAACAACCCCUUGCACUGCCAAAACCAUAUGACCUAAUGUGGCAGAAAAUCACCAAGGUUAUUGAUGAUUUGCACAUUAAAAAUCAUGUACGAACAGACUGUCAGACAACUUACCAUCCUUCCAAGGUUCGAGAAUUGAACCCUCUACUUAACCUCAUGACAGCAGAGCAAACAUUUGCUUGGAUUUCCAGAUACAAGCGUAUUCUGUGUAGCAUGAACAAACUUCAUCAUCAGUUUUUCUUACACAGAAUUGUAUACAGGAGAAACAGAUAUACUGAGUGGUGCAUUGACACUGGUAGAAAGGUUCUUCUCCCUGUGAACGUUUCUAAGUAGAUAUAAUAAUUAUUGCACACGGUAAUUAAUGCCGGAUAUAAUAAUAAAUGCAAGCAGUGAUAAUUAUUAUUGAUGAU